UGCCGUCUCUCUCGUCUUCUCUCCCACUGCGAAUUGCGAUAAGCCACCGAAAAACCCUACUCUUUCCUAGCGGUUAGUCUCUCCAAUGGCGAAGCUCUGAACUGAGAAGCGCGGAGCAGCUCGGAGAUGAACCCCGCUCCGUCGCCGGCGCCUCCGCUGUCGACCCCCGAGCUCCUCGACCUCGUCGCCACCGCCCUCACCUCCGAGAAAUCCCAACUGGAGGCCCUGAUCCCCCACGCCCCGCACCUCACCCCGUCCCUCCUCCUCCCGAUCUUCGCCUCCAAAACCCUAGCUCGCCGCCCCAACACCCUCCUCUCCUUCUUCAGAUGGUGCCAGUCCCACAACCCUUCCCUCUCCCGGUCCCCGUCCCUCCUCCUCUCCCUCCUCCCGCCGCUCUUCGCGUACCGGAAGUUCCCCGACGCGAAGGGCCUCCUCGUCGCGUUCAUCUCGUCCGACCGGCGGCACGACCUCCACGGCUUGAUCCUCGCUCCCGACCAGACCGUCCCCAGGCUGUCCAAGGACCUCCUGGACACUGCGAUCGGGGCGUAUGUCCAGUGCGGUCACCCGCACAUGGCCGUGCAGAUCUUCCACAAGAUGAAGCGGUCGGGGAUGCGGCCGAACUUGCUCACGUGCAACACCCUUCUGAAUGCCUUGGUGAAGUACCCUUCUUUGCAUUCCGUCCUGCUGGCUAGGGAUGUCUUUAGUGAUGUCUUGAGGACUGGGGUGUCACCGAACACGAGGACUUGUAAUAUUAUGAUUUAUGGUUAUUGUUUGGAGAACAAGAUCGAGAAGGCAUUGGAGUUUGUUAAUAAAAUGGUCGAUGAGUUCGGGUGUGUGCCCGAUAAUGUGACGUAUAAUACGAUAUUGGAUGCAUUGUGCAAGAGAGGCAGGUUGAAAGAGGUGAGGGAUCUGUUGCAGGAUAUGAAGGAUAGGGGGUUGGUGCCGGACAGGAAAACCUUCAAUAUUUUGGUUAGUGGGUAUUGCAAAUUGGGGUGGCUGAAGGAGGCGGCUCAGGUGAUAGACUCGAUGAUGCAGAACAACAUGACUCCCGAUGUUUGGACGUAUAAUAAGUUGAUCAGCGGGUUGUGUAAGGAGGGUAAACUUGAUCAGGCAUUUAGGGUUAAGGAUGAUAUGGAGAAUUCUAAGUUGUUGCCAGAUGUGGUGACAUAUAACACUCUGAUCGACGGGUGCUUCAAAUGGAGCAGCAGCUCCGAGGCAUUUAAGUUGAUAGAGGAAAUGCAGGAGAAAGGUGUGAAGCUAAAUGCAGUUACGCAUAAUAUAAUCAUUAACUUGUACUGCAAGGAAAAGAAAAUGGAUGAAGCUAGGGACGCCAUGCUGAAAAUGGAAGAAAAUGGAAUCUCUCCAGACUGUGUCACCUAUAAUACUUUGAUAGAUGGAAACUGUAAAGCAAAUAACUUGGAAGAAGCUUUGAGGCUGAUGCAUGAGAUGGGAAAUAAAGAUUUGAAAAUGGAUAGCUUUACUCUGAAUACUGUUCUCCAUGCUCUUUGCAGGGAGAAAAGGCUUGACAAGGCUUAUGAAUCGCUCUGUAGUGCCAGCAAGCGUGGUUAUUUUGUUGAUGAGGUUAGCUAUGGUACCUUAAUCACGGGUUAUUUCGAGGAUGAAAAGUCUGAUAAAGCUUUGGAGUUAUGGGAUGAGAUGAAGGAGAAGGGGAUCACUCCUAGCAUUAUUACCUAUAAUUCUCUCAUGGCAGGUCUCUGCCAGUUUGGAAAAACUGAUGAAGCAAUGAAGAAGCUGAUUGAGCUUCUACAGAGCGGUUUAGUCCCAGAUGAAACUACGUACAACACAAUCUUAAAUGGUUACUGUAGGGAAGGAUAUGUUGAGAAAGCAUUUCAACUUCAUAACAGGAUGGUUGAAAAUUUAUUUAAGCCCGAUGUCUUUACAUGUAAUAUUCUACUUAGCGGUCUUUGCAAGGAAGGGAUGCUAGAGAAGGCUCUCAGACUCUUCAGUGCGUGGAACUCAAAAGGAAAAGUUACAGAUGUGGUUACCUAUAACACACUGAUAUCAAGCUUGUGUAAAGAAGGUAGAUUUGAGGAGGCGUUUGAUCUUCUUGCAGAAAUGGAAGUAAAGACAAAGGGGCCUGAUUCUUAUACGUAUAAUGCCAUUCUCAGUGCUCUCACUGAUGCUGGUAGAAGGAAGAAAGUGGAGGAGCUUAUGUCUAUGAUGGUUGAAGCAGGGAAAUUAACGGAUUUCUCCAUACAAGAGGAGCAGGCACAAAACGCUGCGAUUAAUGAACCUCCGGAGGAGCUUGAUUCAAAUUCUAUUGCCUAUUCAGAACAGAUAAUUGAGCUAUGUUCUCAGAGUAAAUACAAGGAUGCUAUGUUAGUUUUUGAAGAUUCAAAACAGCAGGGUGUUGUCCUAAGCAAGAUGGCCUACAUCAGUUUGAUGGUUGGGCUCAUUAAAAGAAGAAAGAGCAUCUCUAGGGUUGCAAGACAGUAAUUAUGUUUUCUCAGGGUGUUAAAUUGAUAUUGGCAACAUGGGGGCAAAGCCGUCGGUGCUGUUUUCUGUGACAUUGCACCAAAGGCGAACCUGCUUCGAGGAAAAUGUUUGUGGUACUGUGUUAGGUUGCACUGCAAUGCAAGCUUCAAGUUGUAGCUAACUGUUGAGAGUUAGGAGUUGCUGACAAACCUAGUGUAGCGCUGAAGACAAAUACGGUGGCACUUUUUAAGCCUGAUCGAAAGUGUUAUUUCUCCAAUGAGGGUCCAUUGAAGGGAUACAUAAAGCUUCACUAGAGCUGGAGAUGGAAUUGCAGUUGGCUUAGUUUGUUUGAAGCCAAAGAGGACAAUAAGGAUUGUACUUGCUGUGGAAGUGGGCAAAUGACCGAGUGGCAUGCUGAGAAUCAGGAAUUUUCUAGUUAGGUUAAUUCAGUAAUUCAGUUCUGCUAUCAAAGGAAAUAAAGAAGUGAGAGUCGGGUGCAAAUUCUUUCAUAAGAGUGCAUAUUAUUUAGUCUUGCAAUUGGAGAUAUAAGUAGGCGAGUAGAAACGGCAAAGGAACUCAUGGGCAGUAGCUUGAAAGCCAUUAAAACCCUGAAGAUGGGAAGGGGAAAUUUAGCCUGUAUAUCGAUGAGAUUAAUAGAUAAAUGCAUAAUGAUUCAUGCACCGCCCAUUGUACAUCUCACUGGUUCUUAUGUUAAUCAUCGUUCCAUCGGAUUUUGAUUUCA